AUGACUCAGGACGCCAAUGCUUCGAACGGCACCAAUGGCCAUGCCAACCACGUGGUACCGGCGCCAACUUUGAACAGGGCGGCUGAGCUCCUGAGUGCAGUCCAGUCGUUACUGCUGCCUUUCAUCAAAGCCGCAGAUGAUGCAGCACCAGAAAGGGCUGCGGGGGCCAGCCUCACGUCGCAACCUAGCGUGCUCGUCGACGCACAACCGCCAAAGGCAUUGGUAGAAAAAAUGGCAUUUUCCCUGCCAGCAAAUCAAGGCAGAGGGCGGCAUGGACUGCUUGAGACCAUCCAGAACCUGCUGAAGUACAGUGUCAAUACUUGGGAUCAGGGUUUCCUUGACAAGCUUUACGCAAGCACCAAUGCCGUCGGUGUGGUAUCAGAGCUUGUACUCGCGGUCUUGAAUACCAAUCUUCACGUAUACAAUGUGUCACCCGCUCUCACAGCCAUCGAGCGACAGACUGCCAAGUCGCUGGCCAACUUGUUCGGAUUCAACGGUCCACGCGCCGGAGGCGUUACAUGCCAAGGAGGCUCAUCUUCCAACCUCACAUCGAUUGUUACAGCUCGUAACACGUUAUUCCCCGAGACGAAACUCAACGGAAAUGGGACCCACAACUUGGCUGUGUUCACCAGCCAACAUGGCCAUUACUCGGUCGAGAAAGCCGCGACGACGCUGGGCCUCGGCAAGGCGGCCGUCAUCCUCGUGCCUGUGGACGAAGCUGGCUGCCUUGUCCCCAGUGCACUGCGCGAGUUGGUGAUACAGGCAAAGAGGGAUGGCAAGACCCCGUUCUAUGUGAACGCCACGGCUGGGACCACAGUGUUUGGCUCCUUCGACCCGUUCCGGGCCGUCUCGGAGCGGCACAAGCUCGAUGGUAUCGAGCUCGCAGACUCUAUCACGGUCAACCCUCACAAGAUGCUCAACGUGCCGGUGACGUGCUCCUUCUUGCUGGUCAACGACCUGAGCAUUCUUAAGAGGGCGAAUAGUUUGGCUGCCGGGUACCUUUUCCAUGAAGAUGGGGACGGGGAAGCUGAAGAAGAGGACAAGGAAUACUGGGACCUUGCUGAUCUGACCCUUCAGUGUGGCCGCCGUGGAGAUGCGCUCAAGCUUGCCCUCGCCUGGGUAUACUACGGAUCCAGUGGAUUCGAGGAGAGAAUCGACCACGCGUUUGUAAUGUCUUCAUAUCUUGCGUCAUUGAUUCAGCAACAUCCGGAUUUCCAGCUGAUAAGCACCAACCCGCCGCCAUGUCUGCAGGAACUGGAUGAGGGCAUUCCGGACACUGGUCUGGACACGUCCAGUUGGACUACCGGCGUCCUCCCAAAUAUUUCUGACCUGUUCACUCUCAACGACUUCCAGAUUGCAGCCAAGAACACCAUGGCCCCAGGAGACUACGCGCAAUAUCGCACCGGUACUCUGGACGAAACAAUUCUGUUGAAUCCCACUAUCCUCCAGGAUGUCUCGAACUUGAAUCUCAACACCACCAUCCUGGGAUAUAAUUUCUCAGCGCCGUACUUCAUUGCCCCGGCGGCCAAUCUGAACGUCCCCAAUCCUGAAGCAGAGGCAAACCUGGUGCGCGCGGCUGCUGGAGCUGGUAUUUUGUAUAUACCAUCUAUUGGGGCUAGACUCAAGAUCGAGGCGAUCGCGGCUGCCGGGGCCGAAGACCAAGUCAUGUUCCACCAGGAGUAUAUCUGGUCCAACAAGUCGCAGAUCAAGAACGAGCUCAGCCGCAUGGAAGCUGCCGGGUUCAAGGCCAUCGUGCUGGCCAUCGACAACACCGGCGUGGGUGGCGUCCGCGACCGCGCGCAGCGCUUCACGCCUGGCAGCGACGGGGGCCGCAGUUUCAACUUCACCAUCGAGGCGCUGAAUGAGCUGCGCAGCUGGACGUCCUUGCCUAUUAUACCCAAGGGCAUCAAGACAGCCAAGGACGUAAAGCUUUGCGCCGACCUAGGGUUUCAAGCUGUCUACAUCUCAAACCACGGGGGCCGCGUGGUCGACAACACGCCGACCUCGGUCGAGGUACUACUCGAUCUACAUAUGCAGUAUCCAGAGGUGUUCGACCAGAUCGAGAUCUACGCCGACGGCGGGGUCCGCCGUGGCAACCAUGUGCUCAUGCUGCUUGCCCUGGGAGUCCGCGCCGUCGGUCUUGGGCGGCCUCCCAUGUUCGCUAAUGUCUACGGCCAGGAGGGGGUAGAAAAGAUGCUCAAAAUCUUGAACACGGAGAUGAUCACCGAGAUGCGGUUGUUGGGAGAGACGGACGUGAACCGGUGGCGAGGGAACGCCAGCCUCAUCAACACCAGGAAGGUCGAGCUCGACUACUUCGGGGCUCCGAUGUCUAUGUUGAAGUCAUGA